UGGUUUUAACUCUUCGCGCGGAAUACGACUUAGUUACUGCCUUAAAGUAUCGGCGUUUGUACUAAGAGGAUAAAAAUAAAUGUACAACUUGUUGAAAGGAUUAUUUUAAUAUUUUGCCAACAAGCUUUGUCGUUUGAGAAAAGAUAUACAAUGUGUUCAUUUUCUUUGCAAAUAUUUUGACGUGAAAUAGGACUGUUUUGAUUUUAGGAAAAUUCUUAUUUUUAUUCUUCUUUCUUAAGGACGCAUUCUUUAAAGGAAGAUUAAGUUAAGUGUUGACGUUCAGAGAAUUUUUAACAAAUAAUUUAAACGUAGUUUUUUUAGUCAGGAUAUUAACUAUAUUUUUCACCACUUGAUUUGGUUUCUGGAUAUACACCGGUUCACGAAAAGACCAAAAACAUGGCUUCAAGUUAUAUGCUAGCAACUAGAAAAAGUCAAUACCACGACAGCUGUAUACCAGCGGAGAAGCGACAACUGCCACCAGAGACUAAGUCUUACAGAGAGGCUGAAUACAGCAACUGUGACCAGGUCUCACAAGACACUAUAUGGAAACAAGCUGUAGGCACGGAGAGAAGAUGUUUAAAAAAUUGGGAAGAAAGUUGGGGCUUUUUAGCCGAGUUUGAUGCUCAGAUUCUAGCCGGGAGCAAAGGGAACGUUAAAGAACCGGAACCUUUACCCGAAAAGUCAACUCAGUUCUCCGAUCAUGUUCCUAACACAAAUUCUGGUAACUAUGGAAAUCGAGUAAAUACUGACAUAGGAACGGCAAUGGCGAAAAUGGAACACCAAUUUUACAGUGACAGACGGCGUAGGAAGUUAGGGGGCGAUAUGAUCUGUUAUUAGUUAUCUAUUUAUUGCCAUAACUUAAAACCUGUUGUCUUUUAUUUAUUGUACAUUUGGACUACAUUUGUCCUUAUGAAAAUCGCAUUUUUUUCAUUAUCUGUGAUACAAGGUUACGAAAUUUUGGUACGGGUAGGUACCGGAAUUAAACAGUGUUCAGUUGAGGCGAGAAUUUUAAGGAAAUCAACGUUGUACACAUAAUGUUGGCUAAAACCUUUCCCUUCAGCAUUUUCUUUUUUCUUUCGAAUUAAGAUUUUCUCAAAAAAUCAUGUUAAAGAUGAAUCAAAGUUUUAAAUAAAGGCUAAGCAGUAAGUAAAGAAAUGGCUCAAAAUAUAAAACAUCACUGCCACUAUUCGGGGUGUGUCUUAGGUUGUUCGAUUUUUUUAUUUUUUUUCAUAAAUUUAUGUGUUGGUUUCAAAUUUUGUAUAUCGUUAUUAUUAUUUAUUUUUUAAAGCGUUUUAACUUUAAAGAAUAUCUCUUUCUUAAAAAAAAAUAGAUUUUCAGUAGCUGACAUGUUAUAUUCACUUUUGAAAAUUGAACUAUGUUAAUUGUAUACUCAAAAGAAAACAUCUGGCUAUGAAUAAGCAUAAAUUAUAGGAUUUAGUUCUAAUUUUUAUUCGUUUUUCUUUAGGAAAAUCACAACGAAUCGUUGAAAUAAGUUUAUGUUACACGUUUUUUAAUCUGUGUAGUGUCUAUGUCUCCUAAUCGAUUUGCUGUGUAAUGGUGUAUGUCAAACAGAAAAUAUGUAACCAGAAGUUUGUUAAGUGCAGUUUGUUCAGUCAAGAAACAAAGGCAGCAAUAUCAAAAAGCUAGAUUCCGACAAAUACGUAGUUAUAUUUUGAAUGGUAUAUUUUUCCAGCAAGUAUUUACAAUGAACACUUCAUUGAUAUAGAAAUUCAAUAUUAUACUGUAGAAAUCAUACUUGGCAACCAUAUCUAAAGAACACUGAAAGUAUGAUUGUUUUUUAUUAUGUGAUUUUGUUACUCUACAUAUUUGUUAUAUAAUGUGGAACUUAAACUGAAAUAUUGAUAUCUCAUGUACAGACUAUCUUCGUUUAGACUUGGGGUAAUAAUGCUCUUAUGUACUACAUCCCGGCUAGUAUUUUCGAACUUUAUUUUGGCCCAUUUUCUUUCAUAUCGGAUAUAUAGUAAUGAGAUUUUUAAAUAAAAUGCCAUUGAGAUCAAGAAGGGUUAAAACAUAAUAUUGAUGUUACGUCACUGAUGACGUCUAAAUGCUUCAAAAUUGUUGAUAGGACAACGGGCCGAUACAAAAAAUCUAGCCGGGAAAAUUAAAAGCUUUUGCUCCUUAAAAAUAAAACUUUGAAUCUGAA